GGCGGGGCGCAGCCGGUGCGCUGGGUCCAGCGGCGGUGCGCGGAGCUGAGCCGAGCUGAGCGGUGGGAGCGGAGCGAGGCUGUUCGGUGCGGGGCUGUUCAGAGCGCAGCGCUGCCGGUGGCCCCCUCGCUGCCCGCAGGCCCGGGGUACAGCGGCGGGAGCAGAGCAAGGGAAGAUGACAUCUUGGCUCCUCUGAACCAGCAGUACCCAGGGACCGACAGAGCCAUGGAGCUGGAAUAUGAGCUGCCCAAUGCCACUGCGUUCUGGUUCUCCCCCGCUUCCUCCUUUGAUAACUUCUCUGUGGAGGCACCCACCAACACAUCACAGAAUGCCACAGGCCAGCACUUUGACCUGACCAGCAAUGCCAUCCUCACCUUCAUCUACUUCGUGGUCUGCAUCAUAGGGCUGUGUGGCAACACGCUGGUGAUAUACGUCAUCCUUCGCUAUGCCAAGAUGAAGACCAUCACCAACAUCUAUAUCCUCAAUCUGGCCAUUGCAGAUGAGCUGUUCAUGCUUGGUCUGCCCUUCCUGGCCAUGCAGGUCGCCCUGGUGCACUGGCCCUUUGGCAAAGCCAUCUGCAGAAUUGUCAUGACAGUGGAUGGGAUCAACCAGUUCACCAGUAUCUUCUGCUUGACAGUUAUGAGUGUUGACCGGUACCUGGCUGUUGUCCAUCCCAUUAAAUCUGCCAAGUGGAGGCGGCCCAGGACAGCCAAAAUGAUCAACGUGGCCGUGUGGGGUGUCUCCCUGUUGGUGAUCAUGCCCAUCAUGAUUUAUGCUGGGGUGCAGCACAAUCACGGCAGAAGUAGCUGCACCAUCAUCUGGCCAGGAGAGUCGGGUGCCUGGUACACAGGCUUCAUCAUCUAUGCCUUCAUUCUGGGCUUCUUGGUGCCUCUCACCAUUAUCUGCCUUUGCUACUUGUUCAUCAUUAUCAAAGUCAAGUCCUCGGGCAUCAGAGUGGGCUCCUCCAAGAGGAAAAAGUCUGAGAAGAAAGUCACCAGGAUGGUCUCUAUCGUGGUUGCUGUCUUCAUCUUCUGCUGGCUCCCCUUCUACAUCUUUAAUGUCUCCUCAGUCUCCAUCCUGAUCGUGCCCACGCCUGUUCUCAAGGGCAUGUUCGACUUUGUGGUGGUCCUCAGUUACGCCAACAGCUGUGCCAAUCCCAUCCUUUAUGCCUUCUUGUCUGACAACUUCAAGAAGAGCUUUCAGAAUGUCCUCUGUCUGGUGAAGGUCAGCGGCAUGGAUGAGGCAGACCGGAGCGACAGCAAGCAGGACAAAUCCAGGCUCAACGAGACCACAGAAACCCAAAGGACUCUGCUCAAUGGUGACCUGCAGACGAGCAUCUGAGAGGACAGCAAGGUUGUCCUUCCUUCACUCUCCUCUUCCCACUUGCUCCCGAGUGGCAAUGGGAUGUAUGGAGUCAGGACAGGAGAGCCAGCUUAGAGGGUGGUGGUGACACACUGAUGGACGGUGGGGUCCUCAGCUGGGCUCCUCCUGAGCUGCUGGUGAGUUGGCUUUCAAGUGCUGGGAAGGAUUUACUGUUCAAGAGGAGCUGCCUCGCCAGGGAAACAAAGACAACUUGUAGCAAUGCAGUGCAUUUCAACACCAAAGUGCCACCAUGGAACACAGAUAUCACCAGGGUGGCUCUGCUGUCUCCCUCCAGUGCUGCCCUCAGGGCUGAAUGGUUUUGAGUGUUCUGCCCCAGGAUGGUGCUUGCAUGUGGACACACAUACACAGCAGGGCAACCUCAGAAGGAGCCAAGGCCACAGGUGUGUGCCAACAUCUAUGGCACUACAGGGAUGCACCAUGUUACGGCCAAGACCUGGUGAGAGCUCCCUGAAGGUACCUGCAGUCACCUUCCCUGAGGAGAAAAGAUAUUUGGGGUGCACUUUGGCCACCUCCUAAGUGACUCCAUCACCUUCCCUGAAGCCCCCCUGCUGCUGUUUGCGUCAUUUGCAGCAGCUACCCUGCCUAGAAGAUCAGGAUGGAGGUGGCUGCCCCAUCAAGACCUGUUCAGCUGCCCGGGCAGGUCCUCUGGUGCCACCACGGUCCCACUCUGCCUCCUCCAGCCGCACCGUCUCCCACUGCAGAAGAGCCUUUUCCCUCCUCCCGCCAUGACAUCACCUGCCCGCAGGUUCUCUGCUCGGAUAAAGGAUGUCCCCCUUUUGCCUCCCCAGCAACCGCUGCUCCUCCUGCCACCCACAUCUGCCUGGGCUCAGUCUCAUGCUGUGCCAGCAGCUGAAAUCGCUGCUGUCCCCGGUGAGCCACAGCACUCUCACCCAGCACCAGCUCCCGGUGGGAAAUCCUCGGAAGCAUUUCAACAGCAGAAAACCAUCGGGGCUUUGGAACGACCUGGUACGGGCUGCAGUGCAUCACACUGCCGACAGCGUCUGCGUCUGGGUGAGGCUUGGGCUCAGCCUGCCCCAGCGCUGAAGAUCACUGGGGCUGCUGCCCCCAUGGCAAGCAAUCGGCAGCUGGCUGCCGGUGACGUCGCUGGUGGCAUCUGCCCUGCUCCAUCCAGGCAAGUCACACUGGAGGAAGGGUUGAUGGAGAGGAUGGGGACAAGAGGUAGGGUGUGCUGGGAACUUAGCCUUGAGCUGAAGGGACCAGGCAGAGCAGGCAACAGGGCUUCCAGAAACAUGGCAUGAGGAAGGGUAGAGCAGCAUGCAUCCAGUACCCCUCACUUCCCCCUGUCCCCCCUUCCCUUUCCUGCAGCAUAACAUGGGAAAGGGGGAGCACAAGGUGCAGUCCACAGCGUGAGGGUGGUGGGUCCGGCACGGCAUUGACUACAUUUAGCUUCUCAAGACCGUACCGGAGCACUCAGCUCUGCCCCUGUAGCUCAGCACACAAACACAGGGCUCGGGAGCCCUGAUCGCCUGCUCGUGGCCCGGCAUAGCCUCCCUCCUUGGCCAGCACAGAGGCAACGCUGGGGAAAGCCCAGGGGAGCAGCAGAAGAGCUGUCUUCCUGCCAGAGCACCCGGAGUAGCCUCUGUGCCAGAGGCCAGGCUCUGUUCACAGGCUCUUGCUCCAGAGCCGAGCCGUGGGAACGCCGCGGUUUAGGUGGAGAAAGCAGCUGGGUCUUGCUCACCCUCCCCUUUCCCAUCCCACCCCAGCAUCCUUACACCAGCUCCAGCACCAGCAAACACGGAGCUUUUGCCUCACACUCCUAGCCACACAGAUGAGGAUAAGUAUUGCCCCUGAGAUGCCACCCACUGGAUUUGGGGUGCCACCAUGCUCGGCCACAUACCCCCCAGUCUGAGAGCACCAGCUCUGGGAGAAGUUUUCUUGUGGCUCCCCCAGGCCCCCGCAGCAAGUUUCUGCCCAGAGCAUCACACCUGUGAUGCUGUGCCACCCCACCAUCCCUUACAACCUCAGUUGUAAGGACUCAGUGCCAGACUUGAUGCCUGCUUCCUGGCACAGCUCUUUUGGACACUAGAUCCAGCACUGCAGACACAGCACAAGGCUCAGGGAGGACUUUCUAUGGGGUGUCGCCAGCAUUUAUUUGCUUUUAACUAUUUGCUGCUCCCCCGGGGAACACGUGUCUGCUCAGAGGCCCCACGUGGGCUCAGCUCUGAGCGGGCACCUGCCUGUCCUUCACCGCCUGUGCCAGGCUAUGCGGGCAGCUGCUCACCGAGCGCGUCUGCACCGGCUCCGUGAAGGGAAGCGAAGCCAAACGCGGCUCUGAGGCAGCGCAGGCAGCCCUGCUGAUGCUGCAGGAAUUCAAACACGAGCAGCAUGUCAUGCUACACUGAAAGAGCGGCUGGUGACGGCCAGACCUGGUGCAGCCAAAGCCCUCUGCCAGGAGCAGGCUUCAGUGUCACCGCUGCGGGGAUGCGUCAGUGUGGCUUUGGGUAUUUCAUACCUGGUGGGUGGUGAAGGAGUCAGCCGUGUGGAAAGCGAGAGAGGCAGUGGGAAGGGUGGCGCCUUGAGCUUCCUGACGUUCACACCCCUCAGCACGCACCUGCACCAGAGCCAGACCCACCGGCAGCCUGCUUUAACUUGGUCCUGACCGCGCAAGCCCUGCCACCAACACCUCUGACCAAUGGCAGGGGGAGAUGCCAGCUUCCAGCCACAUAUCCAUGGGAAUCCCCAGCAGGACUCCCCAGCAGGGAGUGUCUCGUCUCUGCUGGUUUAAUAUUCCAAGAGAUGGAAAGCCCAGCUUCCUAGUCAUGGGAAGGACCCAUGCCCAGCACUGCAUGUGCCCAUAUCAGCUUCGCCUUGGCAACCGUUCCCCACCCCCCACCCGCCGUGCCGUUCUGGCAGCUCAGAGCUGUGCUGGGCAGCUGUGCUGUGAAAUACUCCCUCCCCUGCCCCCUCUGCAUCCAGGGGCUCUCUUGGGCUGGGGUUAACGGGGCUGCAGGUGAGGAGUGAGUAGCAUGGGUGAGUUGUCACUCAUGUCCCAGUGGCCACCAAUGCUGGGAUGCUGCAAAGAAGGAGCAUGAGGUGGCUUUUGGGGGGCUGCUAGGACACCCCAUGGCCACCCUGCCACAGCUUCUCCCAGGAAAAAAGGGCAGGAGAGUAAAAAGCGCUGCCUCGGUGGAGUGAGCAGGGGAGGGAGCCACAGCCCUGCACUUGCAGUGAAACCAGUAAAAGAAAACCUGCUGGCUUAUUGCUGGCUAAUAAACAGCAGCACUGUUAGUGCUGUGCCUAACAAAGUUUUCCUGCCCAACCACUUGAUUUUAGUGGGAACUUGACCCAAUAUUGGAUCUGUUCUAAAAAGCCUCCCAGGGCUGCUGGCAGCAUUAAUAAGAAAUCUCUCCUGGUUAUUGCAGAGCAAAUAGGCUGAACCUGCAAGUGCUGGAGUGGCUCCAUUGCCACUUCACUGCAGACUGUCCCCGGGCAAGUGAGAUUAAUUACAGCUCCCGUCUGCCUGGCUGGAGCAGCAGGAGCAGAUUUAUCACAUAUCAGAGGUGAUGGGAAGCAGGCACUGGUGUGUCACACAGAGCUCCCCUGUAUGCUAGGAGCAUGCAUCUAGACCCUCCUUGGAGCAGAGGGGUGCUUGGCUGCAGGGCUGCGAGUGUGACCACCCUACCUCACCUGGGGCUGUCACCAGGGGCAUUUGCAGUGGAUCACUCUUGCAAGAGACUGCCAGGUCCAAAACCUGUGUGGCCCCCUCAAAGCUUGGGAGAAAACAGCUCCCCUUCUCCUCCCUGCCACUGGCUUCCCCCUACACAGCCAAGGAACCCCAGCAAAGCUGAGAGGCAGCUCCACAGCAUUCCUGGGCAUCCAUGGGACUGACCUGUGUGGAGGCACCCUUGCUGUUUCUGUUCCUUCCAUCCCUGGGGUGUGAAGCCUGGGGCUGUGGCUGGGCUGAGCAUCAUCCUGGGCAUGCUUCCAACUGUGCCCACCUCGGACCAAGCCUGGUUUGUUGAUGAUCAAUGCAUCCAAGUGCUUGAAAGCCAAGAGUCUGGAGGUGGAACCCUCUUGUUGCACCUGUACUGCUCUCCAUAUCAGCACCAAAGCUGCCUUGGACUUCUUCGAGAUAACAAACUCCUAAAGAACUGCACUGCACUCUGGAGGGCUUCUUGACUCUCCAUCAUGAUGGGAAGAGCUUUAUCUUUGUUGGAAACUCUAUGGAGAGUUCCCUUUCCUGCUGGACCUGCACAAAUGCAGGCAGCCUUGGGGGCAGUUGUGCAGCCUGUGCUCCCAGCUAGCUCCAGCCCCUGCAAUGAUUGCUCCUAGGCUCUGGAUCUGUGCCACUGCUCGAGAGCAGGACUUAAGUCUCACAUCUUGGGGGGGUUGUUUCAGCCCUUGCUGUGAAGAAGCUGAAUUCAAACUGCUCAGGGCAAGUCUCCAUCCUCUCUGCCAGGGUUGUUGUGGCUGCACUGCCUGUCCAGGGAUUCUCAAAGAGAGGAUUGCCAGCAAGGCGUGAGCAAAAAGCACAGCAGACCCUCAAACAAUCAUUCCAUUGCUAGAUCUGAAAUGACACUUGCUGGUCUCCAACCUAAGGACACCUCUGCCCUCUCUUGCCAUCCUCACAUCCACAUGUCUUCUGAUGGAUUUCCACCUGCUCCAGGACCUGGACUGCAAAAAGCCAGGGCAGGGUAACAGCCAGGCUCCAGCUGAGAUGUGGGAGAACCUGCCUCAAGCCAUUUCCUGACCAGGAGAUGAUGAGGGAUGCCAAGCCUGGACAACCCAACCAUCCCACCCUACACUGCAUGCCUGGGAGGAGGGGAUGGGUGAUUGUACAUAUGUGUAUAUAUUGGACACACCAGCAAAGGAGUUUAUUAUAUUGAUGCUGUGGAGACAUUCUGCCACCUUUGGUUUUGCUGUGGCUGCUGGUGCAAGUUUGACCCAGCCCCUCAAAGGUCCCUUGGCUUCUCCUUGCCCUCCUCGUGUGCCAUGGGGGCUGGUGGCACCGUGCAUGAGGCAGGAAGGACCACAGAGGCUGCUCCCACACUGACAGGCAGAAGCUUAAGCCUCUGUACUGAACACAAGAGCUCUCCCCUGCCAAGCCAGGGCUGUAGCAACAUGGGGAUCACGCCCCACCUGCAGCACUGCACCACGCUGCCCACCCUCUGUACAUACACCCUCUGUAUCUAUAGCUGUGCUCUGUGUAGCGUGCGUGGGUCUGGUGUGUGACACAUUGUGACUGGAACACCACCAGAGAGUGUUUCUCUGCUUUAUGUGUUGCUUUCCUCCCCAGCAAUUGUUUCUUGGUGUCUCAGCGUGAACUAAACCUUCCCGCAGCGAAGGCUCCCGACUGCCGCGGUCUGUGCCCCAGGGAAGGAGUCAUGGAUGGGGUGGGAGGGAAGUAAAAGAGUUUUCCUACA